AAAGCCUGAGUCCUGUCGUCUCGCCUUCCUCUCAUACAGCAUGAGCUUCACCACUCGCUCCACCUUCUCUACCAACUACCGGUCCCUGGGCUGUGUCCAGGAGCCCAGCUACGGCGCCCGGCCAGUCAGCAGCGCGGCCAGUGUCUAUGCAGGCGCCGGGGGUUCUGGUUCCCGGAUCUCCGUGUCCCGCUCCACCAGCUUCCGGGGUGGCAUGGGGUCCGGGGGCCUGGCCUCCGGGAUGGCCGGGGGUCUGGCAGGAAUGGGAGGCAUCCAGAACGAGAAGGAGACCAUGCAAAGCCUGAACGACCGCCUGGCCUCUUACCUGGACAGAGUGAGGAGCCUGGAGACCGAGAACCGGAGGCUGGAGAGCAAAAUCCGGGAGCACUUGGAGAAGAAGGGACCCCAGAUCUUCGCAAAUACUGUGGACAAUGCCCGCAUCGUUCUGCAGAUUGACAAUGCCCGUCUUGCUGCUGAUGACUUUAGAGUCAAGUAUGAGACAGAGCUGACCAUGCGCCAGUCAGUGGAGAACGACAUCCAUGGGCUCUGCAAAGUCAUUGAUGACACCAAUGUCACUCGGCUGCAGCUGGAGACAGAGAUCGAGGCUCCCAAGGAGGAGCUGCUCUUCAUGAAGAAGAACCACGAAGAGGAAGUAAAAGGCCUACAAGCCCAGAUUGCCAGCUCUGGGUUGACCGUGGAGGCAGAUGCCCCCAAAUCUCAGGACCUCGCCAAGAUCAUGGCAGACCUGUCUCUUAUACACAUCUAG